CAACUUCUGCAGUCCGUUUUCGUCGUCGGUUCAUUCUCGCUCCUCGUUCCGUUCCUGGUGACCAUCUUCUCACGAUAGAGAAGCGGCAUCGCUUCCAUUCCUUGUGCCCAACGACCCCUAUCCGGCGCAUCUUUGAGCGGAUUUCGCUUGUCCCUCUUUCUCCCUCUUCAAGAUGGGUCAAACGCUCUCCGAGCCCGUGACGGAGAAGAGUUCUUUGGUCGGCGAGGAUGAUACGCUGGUGUAUGCUGUCUCAGAGAUGCAAGGCUGGCGAAUCUCGAUGGAGGACGCCCAUGCCACGAUCUUGAACCUUGACGAGAAGACCGGCGACGAGAAGGCGAGCUUCUUCGCCGUUUACGAUGGCCAUGGAGGAUCUGCUGUUGCGACGUAUGCUGGCGAGUCACUGCACCAAUGUAUUGCAGAGACGCGGGAAUACAAGACGGGCGAUUACGAAGGCGCGCUCAAAAGAGGCUUCCUUAAAAUUGACGAAGAUAUGAGAAAGAAUGAGGCGCUGCAAGAGGACACUUCGGGAUGCACGGCCGUCGCGUGCCUUCUGGUCGCUUCCCCUGACGAACAGCGAGACCCCAAGAAUCCGGGAAAGACACCGAGAAAGAUCAUCUGCGCAAAUGCCGGCGACUCACGCUGCGUCCUCUCCGUGUCUGGUGAGGCCGAACCUCUGAGCGAGGACCACAAGCCCCAAAAUCCAGGCGAGGCGAAAAGAAUCCGUAACGCUGGCGGAUUCAUCGAAUUUAACCGUGUCAAUGGCAACCUGGCCCUGUCCCGCGCACUGGGCGACUUUGAGUUCAAGCGUCAGUUCUCGAUGCCGGCGACUGAACAGAUCGUCACUGCCGACCCAGAAAUCAAGACGCGCAUCAUCGAUGGCGAGGAGGAGUUUCUCGUCAUCGCUUGCGAUGGCAUUUGGGACUGCCUCAGCAGCCAACAGGUGAUCGAUUUCGUCAGGCGGCAAAUCGCCAACGGAAAAGAUCUCAAAGAGAUUUGUGAAGAAGCCAUGGACCGUUGUCUUGCUCCUGACACUGAGAUUGGCGGUGUCGGAUGUGACAAUAUGACAAUCUGCGUCAUUGCACUCCUUGGUGGCCGGACAAAGGAAGAGUGGUACGCUUGGAUCAAGAAGCGAGUCGAGGAGAAUGUUGGCUACGAGACACCCGAGGACAUUGCGCCUGUGUUUACAUCAAGCAAUGCUUCGAGCUCUUCUGGCGGUGCGAGCGCGGCAAACAGUCGCUCUAGCGUCCUCUCCGCCCUUGCUGGCGGUCUUUCCGGAGCGGGAGGCGCUGGCGGCGACGAAGAGAAGCCCGGCAUGGGUGGAUCAUUCACUUUGCCCGACCACAUCGUCUCAGCUCUCGGUGGCUCAGGAAUUGUUUUCCGGCCAGGCAGCCAGACAGACGAGGAGGGACGCAUGGUCUAUGAGGCACACGUGGUCGACCAGGACGACGAUGACGAUGACGAGGAUGAUGAUGACGACACGGAGAUGGAGACGGCGCGUGUCCAGGAGCUCGACGAAGCCGGAGAGCGCGAAGCCGAGAAACGCAAGGGAGACGAAGGAAGUGAUUCGGAGCAACGUCCCGAGCUGGCUCACCAGCCCGAAAUUGUCGAGAGCCCGCAGAACGUGGCCGCGGGGUCGACCACUUCGGCCUCUCAGGUCGAGAUUAGGCCAAGCACCGAGGGAAGAAGCCUGGGAGAGUUGACGGACAAGAGCGAAGACCCGACGAAGACGACUUGAAGAACUGGCUGAUACCCAUUUUUUUCCCUUCACUCUCCCCUUUCCUACACACCCUCACAACACCACAAGCUCUUUUGUUCUUUUCGGCUUUCGAUUGUGUGUUUUUCUUUAAUUCCUUGUCCUGUUCUUCCUUUC